AUGCUGAUGCACGUCUUACUGUGCGUCGCCACUUACCGACCAUUGAGCGUGCGCACUUUAGCCAUCACCCGGCUCCCUGACUCCCUUCGCUUAGUCAGGGACCACUUCCUCUCAGUUUGCCCCACCAAACUCACCGUUGACCUCCUCAAGGAGCGCCUCCUAGUAGCAAAGAAAAGCAUAGUCGCUGUAGGAGCCUCUCGUGGUGACCCUCGCACCCCCGUCUUUGAGGGGUGUUCUCCCUCCCCCCUCUUGCCCUCUGUUGCUUCUGCUGCUGCGGCCGACCUCGUUGGCUUUGAGUCGGUCGGCGCUGCCCCUAGCGCGUCUGCCCCUAGCGCGAAGCGCCGCACCGGCAAGGGCAAGGGGGGCAAGGGCGUUGGGGGGGCUAGUGGGGGCGGUGGAGGUGGUGGUGGAGGCAGUGGAGGGGGUGGGGGUGGUGGUGGGUGUGGUGGCGAGGGCGGAGGUGUCGGUGGCAGCAGUGGAGGCGGAGGAGGCGGCGGUGGUGUCGGAGGGAGCGGAGGCGGCGGAGGUGGUGGAGGUGGCGGAGGUGGCGGAGGCAACGGUGGAGCUGGUCGCGGCUCUGCGCAGAGGAGUGGCUCCGGUGGUGGUCCGCGCCAGCAGCAGCAGCACGGUCGUGAGACCCUGUCCCCUCAGCAGCUUCGUGAGUGGUACGCUGGGCGUCAGCGGGGUGGGGGUACUGGUCCCUGCACCUAA